AAGGGCAUCGGGGAAGCAGGAUGGCGGACUUGGUUCAGAAGCUGCGGGCGGAGGGCAUCGAGAAGCGGCUGGUGCAGGAGGGCACCGGAGAGCUGCCCGACUUCCGGGACGGGACAAAGGCCACGUUCCAUUUCCGGACCCUGCGCAGCGAUGAGGAGGGAGCCGUCCUGGAUGACAGCCGCCACCGGGGCAAGCCCAUGGAGCUCAUCCUGGGCAAGAAGUUCAAGCUGCCCGUGUGGGAGACCAUCGUGAGCACGAUGCGCCCCGGAGAGGUGGCCGAGUUCCUCUGCGACGUCAAGCACGUGGCCCUGUACCCGCUGGUGUCCAAAAGUCUCCGGAACAUCGCGGCGGGCAAGGACCCCCUGGAGGGCCAGCGGCACUGCUGCGGCAUCGCGCAGAUGCAGGAACACAGCUCCCUGGGCCACGCCGACCUGGACGAGCUGCAGCGUCACCCGCAGCCCCUCAUCUUCCACAUAGAGAUGAUCAAGGUCGAGGCUCCCGGCACCUACCAGCAGGACCCGUGGGCCAUGAGUGAUGAGGAGAAGAUGAAGGCCGUGCCCCUCAUCCAUGAGGAGGGCAACCGCCUGUACCGGGAGGGCCGCGUCAAGGAGGCCGCCACCAAGUACUAUGACGCCAUCGCCUGCCUGAAGAACCUGCAGAUGAAGGAGCAGCCCGGCUCUGCCGACUGGAUCCAGCUGGACCUGCAGAUAACUCCCCUGCUCCUCAAUUACUGCCAGUGCAAGCUGGUGGCCCAGGAGUAUUACGAAGUGUUGGAUCACUGCUCCAGCAUCCUCAACAAAUACGAGGACAACGUGAAGGCUUAUUUCAAGCGCGGUAAGGCCCACGCGGCCGUGUGGAAUGAGCGCGAGGCCCAGGCCGACUUCGCCAAAGUGCUCCAGCUGCAGCCGGCCCUGGGCCCCGUGGUGAGCCGGGAGCUUCGCGACCUGGAGCAGCGGCUGCGCCAGAAGAACCUGGAGGACAAGGCCCGCUUCCAGGGCAUCUUCUCUCCCUGCCCGCCUCACCCGCCCUGCCCGCCCCCUGUAUAAAUGUCAUAUUUAUCUGCCGG